AUGGAGGAAGAGUUGUUUCAUACAUUCGGCACGCCAGAGACAAUAGUUUCGGAUAAUGGGGCUCAAUUUAAAUCGAAAAAGUUUGCUGAAUUGAUACAGAACUAUGGCAUCAAACAUGUGUUUACUGCUGUAUAUUCGCCUCAGGCUAAUGCUUCUGAACGUGUUAAUCGUUCAGUUUUAUCAGCUAUUAGGGCAUAUAUUAAACACGACCAGAGUAACUGGGAUGAGUAUCUGAGCAGCAUUUGUUUGUUUGGUACUUCACCCUAUUACAUGACAUUCGGACAACAUAUGAUUACUAACGGUAAUACAUAUCAGUUGUUAAAAAACUUAACCAUGAUUGAUGAUAGAUCUGUGAAAUUUAGUCGUGAUGAUUCAUUUAAUAUAGUAAGAGAAAGAGCUGCCAAAUGUAUGAACAAACAACGUGAUCGGAAUGAAAGAGCCUAUAAUUUGAGAUCUAGAGAAGUAAAUUUUGUUACUGGCCAAGAAGUCUUUAGAAGAAACUUCCGACAAAGCAACUUUGAGAAGGGUUUCAAUGCCAAAUUAGCUCCACAAUUUGUAAAGGCUAGAGUGAGAAGGAACAAGUAA